GCUUCUCUCUCUCUCUCUCUCUCUCUCUCUCUCUUCUCCGCAUCUUCAUCCGUGACAUCUCCCGCCGACGGAAGCGUCCUUGAGAGACGAGAGAGCAUGAGGCUGGAGCCGCAGGAGACCAGUGGAGUGUCGUCGUCCCGGGACCGCCUCGUCUUCGCCUACUACGUCACCGGCCACGGCUUCGGCCACGCCACUCGCGUCGUCGAGGUCGUGCGGCACCUGAUUCUCGCUGGCCACGACGUGCAUGUGGUGACAGGUGCUCCCGACUUCGUCUUCACUUCCGAAAUUCAGUCUCCCAGGCUCUUCAUUCGCAAGGUUUUACUGGACUGUGGGGCAGUUCAAGCAGAUGCGUUGACAGUAGAUCGGCUUGCCUCCUUGGAAAAGUACUCUGAGACAGCUGUGGUCCCUCGUGCUUCUAUUCUGGCUACUGAAGUAGAGUGGCUGAACUCCGUCAAAGCUGACUUAGUGGUUUCAGAUGUUGUUCCAGUUGCAUGCCGUGCUGCAGCAGAUGCUGGAAUUCGCUCUGUUUGUGUCACCAACUUCAGUUGGGACUUUAUCUAUGCGGAAUACGUAAUGGCUGCAGGAAAUCAUCAUCGUAAGAUAGUUUGGCAGAUAGCAGAAGACUAUUCACAUUGUGAAUUCUUAAUCCGGUUCCCCGGAUAUUGCCCAAUGCCCGCUUUCCGCGACGUUAUAGAUGUACCGUUGGUUGUCAGAAGGUUGCACAAAUCCCGUAAGGAGGUGAGGAAGGAACUUGGAAUUGGGGAUGAUGUGAAGCUAGUUAUCCUCAAUUUUGGCGGACAGCCAUCAGGGUGGAAGUUGGAGGAAAAGUACUUGCCUCCUGGUUGGUUGGGUCUGGUUUGCGGUGCAUCUGAGAGUGAGAACCUUCCACCAAACUUUGUAAAGCUUGCUAAGGAUGCAUACACACCUGAUGUCAUUGCAGCCUCUGAUUGUAUGCUUGGAAAAAUUGGAUAUGGUACUGUCAGUGAGUCUUUAGCAUACAAGCGUCCAUUUGUAUUUGUGCGGCGUGAUUACUUCAAUGAAGAACCAUUCUUGAGGAAUAUGCUGGAGUACUAUCAAGCUGGAGUAGAGAUGAUUAGGAGGGACUUACUCACUGGCCAUUGGAAACCUUACCUUGAACAUGCGAUCAGUCUGAAACCAUGCUAUGAAGGAGGCAUUAAUGGUGGCGAGGUGGCAGCUUACAUUUUGCAGGAGACAGCCGCUGGGAGAAAUUAUGCGUCAGAUAAAUUUAGUGGGGUAAGAAGACUGCGUGAUGCUAUAGUUCUUGGGUAUCAGCUGCAAAGAAUGCCUGGAAGAGACCUAUGCAUCCCAGAUUGGUAUGCAAAUGCUGAAAAUGAACUGGGCCUUAGCACUGGAUCACCAAAAGUUGGAUUGAAUGAGAAAAGUUCCCAAAUGACUUUAUGCCCUGAUGAUUUCGAAAUUCUUCAUGGAGAUCUUCAUGGGCUCUCUGAUACAGUGAGUUUCUUGAAGAGCUUGUCAGACAUUGUGAGUGAAGCUGGAAGGAGUCCUGAGAAGAGGCAGAUGCGGGAGCGUAAAGCAGCUGCCGGACUCUUUAAUUGGGAGGAAGAUAUAUUUGUCACAAGAGCACCUGGAAGGUUGGAUGUAAUGGGUGGAAUUGCUGAUUAUUCAGGAAGCCUUGUGUUGCAGAUGCCUAUUCGAGAGGCCUGUCAUGUUGCUGUUCAGAGGAAUCAUCCAAGCAGGCACAGACUAUGGAAACAUGCUCUGGCUCGGCAACAAGCCAGAGGACAAGGACCAACUCCUGUUCUUCAGAUUGUAUCAUAUGGAUCAGAAUUAAGCAAUCGUGGACCAACUUUUGACAUGGAUUUGUCCGACUUUAUGGAUGGCGGGAAACCAAUUUCAUAUGAGAAGGCAAAAGAGUUCUUUGCCCGUGAUCCAUCCCAAAAGUGGGCAGCUUAUGUUGCAGGCACUGUUCUUGUUCUAAUGACAGAGUUAGGUGUAUGCUUUAAGGACAGUAUCAGUUUGCUUGUUUCCUCUGCUGUUCCAGAGGGCAAAGGUGUAUCUUCUUCUGCCUCUGUUGAGGUUGCUAGUAUGUCUGCUAUAGCUGCUGCUCAUGGGUUACACAUUACCCCACGGGAUCUUGCUUUGCUUUGCCAGAAGGUAGAGAACCACAUUGUUGGAGCUCCGUGUGGUGUAAUGGACCAGAUGACUUCUGCUUGUGGUGAAGCAAACAAGCUUCUUGCCAUGGUCUGCCAGCCUGCAGAGGUAAUUGGACUUGUAGAAAUUCCCAGUCAUGUCCGAUUCUGGGGAAUAGAUUCAGGAAUCCGUCACAGUAUCGGAGGUGGAGAUUAUGGAUCUGUCAGAAUUGGUGCCUUUAUGGGUCGAAGUAUUAUAAAGUACACAGCAAGCACGAUGUUGUCCGGGACUCUGUCAAAUGGAAACGGGACAAACCAAGAUGAACUGGAGGAGGAUGGUCUUGAGCUUAUUGAAAAUGAAGCUUCGUUAGAUUAUUUAUGCAACCUGUCACCUCACAGGUAUGAAGCUCUGUAUGCUAGUAUGCUUCCUGAGUCCAUUCUGGGGGAGACAUUUAUGGAAAAAUAUGCUGAUCACAAUGAUCCAGUCACUAUUAUCGAUCACAAGCGUACUUAUGGAGUGAGAGCCUCUGCUAGACACCCCAUUUAUGAAAACUUCCGGGUCAAGGCUUUCAAAGCUUUGCUGACAUCUGCAAGUUCAGAUGAGCAAUUGACAGCACUUGGAGAACUACUAUAUCAGUGUCACUAUAGUUAUAGUGCAUGUGGACUUGGCUCAGAUGGAACAGAUAGACUCGUACGGUUGGUCCAAGAGAUGCAGCCUAGCAGACUGGCCAAACAUGAUGAUGGAACCUUAUAUGGAGCAAAGAUUACCGGUGGUGGUUCUGGCGGCACAGUCUGUGUAGUCGGCAGAAAUUGUCUUAGGAGCAGUCAACAAAUUCUCGAGAUUCAACGGAGAUACAAAAAUGCCACGGGAUAUCUGCCAUUUGUUUUUGAGGGUUCAUCACCUGGUGCCGGGACGUUUGGUUUCCUGAAGAUUCGCCGACGCAGCUCCACCAAGUCUGUUGAUUCUUGUUAGCUAAUGGCUAGAUUAAAAGUCACGGCCUUUACGAAAUAGUUAUCCUGGCUGUGCUAGAUUUCAUUGUGAAGGGUCAGCUCGCAGUCGCAUUGGCGGACGUGUCCUCUCAUCAAAUUAAUUACUGCCUUUGUGGACAUGUCUACGAGUCAAAUUAAUCACUGCUACAAGGUCCAUUUGAUAGGAGUGCUUAGUGCCCUCCAAUCAUAUUUCAUGUUAAUAAGAACUAAGACGCAGUUUAGAGAUUGAAUAACUUAGCAGAA